AUGGCAACGGCCUUGGCCUGGGUGGGAAUAAUUUGGUACAUAAUCCUAUGGGGCAUUUUACUGCUUGGUUUACGGAGCGUACAAAAGCGUUACUCUAUCCGUCCCCGUUCCCCCCUUUCUUCACCACCACCUCCAGACGACCCUCUGAGUGUACCUGGUGUAUCUAUCCUAAGGCCUCUAAAAGGGCUCGACCCCAACUUGUACGAAAACCUUGAGUCAACUUUCUUGCAGGAAUAUCCUCUGGAGCGCUUCGAGAUUCUCUUCUGCGUGGCCGACGCUGAUGAUCAGGCACUCGACGUUGCUAAUGAACUGCUCGCAAAAUAUCCCCAUGUAAAUGCCAGGGCAGUCGUUGGCGAACGCCUGGUAGGCGUCAAUCCCAAAGUGAAUAACCUAAUGGAGGCAUACGACCGUGCCGAACAUGACAUUCUCUGGGUACUAGACUCUAAUAUCUGGUCUGCCCCCGGAACGCUUGCUCGUUCCGUCGACGCACUAACACAAGAAUCGACACCCCGGAUUGGCCUUGUACAUCAUGUGCCGUUUGUCCCACCAGCUGCGCCAUUAACGACCUGGGGAGCUCGCGUUGAAGCUGCUUUCCUCAAUACUACUCAUGCCAAAAUGUAUGUUGCUCUCAACACAUUGGCGAUUGACUCGUGCGUCAUGGGGAAAUCAAAUAUGUACCGCCGCUCCGAUGUCGCACGUGUAAACGGAACGUUAAAGCACCACCCGCCUAUCACCCCUGCACCCAGAUUCGGACCGCCUAGCGAGAAUCAGACAGGGCUUGCUGCUUUCGGAAAGUUCCUAGCUGAAGACAAUUUCCUUGCGUCUGCCCUAUGGCACGAGCUUGACGUUCGACACUCACUCUCAUGCGAUGUAGCACUUAACACCCUGCCGCCAAAUAUGCCACUCUCCGGGUAUAUCGCUCGCAGAGUUCGCUGGAUUCGGGUUCGAAAAGCAAUGGUUCUCGCCGCUACCCUACUUGAACCACUUACCGAAUCGAUAACCGCCGGAGCUUUCACCAUAUGGUCACUCAAACAGCUCAGCAUUCCUAUACCACCCCUCGUCUUCUUGUGCUUGCAUCUACUAGCAUGGAUAACAGUUGAUCUUUACGUCUAUGCCGCUCUAGCGAUGCAUCACGUCCCAGCUGAUCAAUUCAAGUCGUUCUGUGCAGCAUGGAUGCUACGCGAGCUGCUUGCCUUCCCAAUUUGGUUACGGGCGGUUCUUGGGAGUGAAGUGGAAUGGAGGGGAACCAAGUACCAGAUGCGCAAGAACGGUGAGGUCGACCGCGUUGAUCCGAAUCUACUUGGGAAACCACGUUGGAAGCGCUCGUUGUGGAGAUUUGGGGUUACUUUGGGCUUCGUUGGUGCAAGUCCAAAGGGCGACUACACGGCCUUGCCGACUGUUGAUCAUCGAUAG